AUGAGGCCUAAUCUUCAUGGUGACGCUGUCCGGGAUACCCGUGGUCUCCGUACAGCAAGAGCAGUGCCGCCGUCAACACUUAAUGCAGUUGUGAGGAUGGACGUCCACACUUUUGCUGCACUGCAGACGUCCUCCUCUCAUUGGCACGUCCCACUUGCCAUCUUCAUCGACCUCGUGCCCACCGUCAUCGACGAGGUCCGCACCAGAACCUACUGCCAGCUCUUCUACCAGGAGCAACUCAUCUCCGACAAGGAGGACACCACUAACAGCUUCGCCCGUGGUCACUACACCAUCGGCAAAGUGAUCGUCGAUCUCUGCCUGGAUCAGAUCCGGAAGCUCGCUGAUAACUGCACCGGGCUCCAGGGAUCCCUGGUCUUCAAUGCCAUCGGUGGCGGUAUAGGGUCGGGUCUCGGGUCGCUUCUAUUGGAGAGGCUUUUUGUGGACUAUGGGAAAAAGUCCAAGCUCGGAUUCACUGUGUAUCCUUCUCCUCAGGUUUCUACGUCUAUUGUGGAGCCCUAUAACAGUGUGUUCUCCACUCAUUCUCUGCUUGAGCACACCGAUGUGUCUGUGUUGCUCAAUUACUAA